AUGGAGCUAGAGAACCGAGCUUACGGCCACGAUUCCCAGUGGAACGGUGUUGAAGAAACAAUCGAGGACCCAGAGGAGAUUAGAGUCAUCUUCUGUGCGCUCGAUUCAUUCAGUCAAUACGCAAAAACCGCGCAUUUGAACUGUACCCAUCUGCGCAGGCAGGCCUUCUAUGCUCUUCCUCAGGCACAUUGGCAAUUGUUGGCGAAGCCACCGUUCUCCUAUUUGGACGUGUUGAAUCGGAUAGAUGAUGCCAUUGAGAGCAAUGCAGAAUUAGCUCGCAUCAUUGUCAAGUUUAGCCUACGUUCUUUUAGCCCAAAUGAAGCUGCUUCGGAUGCGGAGCUCACCAUGCCCGAGGAAUGGUCCGGCAUUGCUAAAUACAAUGACCUCGACAAAGCCCGGAGUACUAUCAGGCAGUUCUACCGUGACUGGUCCGCCGAGGGUGCCGUAGAGCGUGACGCCUGUUACGGCCCCAUAUACCGGGCUCUCGAUGUGGAGAAGGCUAGAUAUCCUGACCGGCAACCACUCAAGGUGCUAGUGCCUGGUGCCGGCCUGGGACGCUUAGUAUUUGAUCUCUGUCGGUUAGGGUACUUAACCGAAGGUAAUGAAAUAUCCUAUCACCAGCUUCUAGCAUCAUCCUAUAUUCUAAAUUGCACCGAAAAAGCUGGCCAGCACACCAUUUACCCAUGGAUACACUCCUUUUCAAAUCAUCAGAGCCGUGAGAGUCAAUUCAGGUCGUAUAAAAUCCCAGACAUACAUCCUCAGGCUACACUCACCGAGACGCAAGGAAUUGGUUCGAUGCAGAUGUGUGCCGCCGACUUCUUGUGUCUUUAUGGUGACGAGAGCCACAAAGAUACCUACGAUGCAGUAGCUGCUGCUUUCUUUCUUGACACAGCACCAAAUUUGAUCCGUUACCUUGAGGUCAUCAGAAACUGUUUGAAACCCGGCGGCGUCCUGAUAAAUGUUGGGCCUCUACUAUGGCACUGGGAGAAUCAUGUCCCCGGCCAUCACGGCUAUGAUGGGGACGGAGAUGAAGAGAAUAAUUCAUUAGGCAUUGCCGAUCCUGGAAGCUUCGAACUCACGGACGAUGAGGUCGUAGCAUUGGUAGAACGGAUGGGGUUCACAAUAGAGAAGCGGGAAACGGGCCUGCCCGCGCCUUAUGUACAAGAUGCUCAGAGCAUGCUCCAAACGGUAUACAGAGCUAGCCAUUGGGUUGCGCGGAAAUUAGACGUUGGAUCUGAGAUCCGGGCAGACGUCGUCGAUAUUGCUCAUUAG